GGUGGACUUCCUGAAGCGGUUCAAACCUACGUUCCCGAGCAACGCGAUCAUGGCCGACGGCUUGUACAAGAAGGCCGAGGCAGCGUCGACGCUAGUGACCAACAUUGGCCAAAUAGGGUGGGAGCAGAUCAGCACUCACCUCAAGGAUCUGUCAAACAAGGACGUCUUGGAAUCGCUCAGCUUCUCGUCGGAACUCCUGAGGAAGUACCUGAGGUUGGCCGAUCCUGAAGUCGACGCAAAAGCGGAGGCCCUCCUGCCAUGGCACCCUAACGCCGAUGCCAUUAGCAUGUUCGAGCCCACCCUGGCGAGAAUGAAGAGGGACGUCGACGCGCCGAUCAUGGUGUCGCGCGAGAUCCUGCUGGACUGCGUCGCGCUACCUGCCGUGGCGGACAAUUCCAAGGUCGAGUACCUUCGGGACUUCGGCCGCUCCUUGGUCCAAGUUUUCUCGCGAGUGGAGCCGACCCAGAGCACCAGCGUGAAGAAGGAUUGCCGCGUCGUGACGGGCGUGGGCCUACUGCUGCACCGCAUGCCGAAUAUGGGCCCCCAGUCGUUUGCCGAGUGCAACCCGCAGAUGCCCUUGUUAAUUGACCUUCUCACUGGGGCCACCGCUGCGACGGACAUCAAGGCCGCCCCGAAGAUUGCGGAGAUGGUCAUGACCUUGUAUAGCGCGGACCUUGACGAGGAUGGCAUGACAGCAAUAGCCGCGGCAAUCGCGUCCAUCAGCCAGUGGAGGAAGACGUGUCGGGGGAAGGCGGCCUCGACGAUGAGUGCAGAACAGGCGCUCCAGGAGACGAUGGCGCGUCUGACCAAAACGCUCGUGGAGCAGGACCCCGAGGUCGUGGACGCGUCCAUCAUGGACGCGAUGGAGAAGCACAUGCAGCGCUACCCCGAGAUCGCCAACUUCGCGCUGGGUCAGGAGGGGUGCAAGCUGGGCUCCUCCUACAGCGACCUCCUACGCGACGCAUCGGCGUCGAAGAUGAAAGGAAGGAGUCGACGCUCAUCAUCGCAGUCAAGGCCGACGCUCCCCCUGCUCACGACCACCGUCGACAGUAACAAGGCCGCCCGGCGUGAGACCAUGCCAGCGCGCGGGGAGCUCGCCAAGGCGGUCUGCCGGCUCGUCAACACAAUUCCGAUCCUGAUGGAUGCGGUCGGCGAUGGUCCCGGAUUCACUUCGAUGAAGCGCAGCGCCCAGCUCAGGAUCGGCGAUGCCGAGAACUACUACCAAGCAGCGAAGCAGCCCAACAACUUCAUGACGGUGAGUGGUGCCCAGGACUCACUUGAUACCUCGAUCAAAGAUGCCUUCGACCAGCUGGAGUCAGCGUUGAUCGCGAUGUCCAGCAUGAAUUCGCACGGGCAGGGCCAGGUGCUCACAAAGUACGGCGGCGACGCGUUUGAGGUGUUCUCCUGCAAGCUCGCUGACUGGGUUCCCACCGCCGAGAAGGCCAUGACGUGUUGCAAGACCAUGGCCAGGGACACGGCGUUCUCAGACGCCGACCAGAUCGUUGACGAGCUGAAGGCCAUCGCGGGCGGCGUGCAGGACGGGUCCCGCGACUUGGACGGCUGCAACGGCAGCGACGACUCCAGCGAGUUCGACUCGCAUGUGAAAGCGACCUUAGACAUGCAGUUCGGCAUCGUGAACAGG